UGAUAAUAAAUUGAGCAACUACCGACCUGACCCAACAAUUGCACUAAUUGUGAACUUGAAAACAGCUGUUAGUUACGGCUAGUUGUAUCCUUUACCAGUGGUUAUUCUGAAUGGAACUCCGCUGGACUGAGGCCAUGAACGGCGAAGCAAGGAGCAAUCAAGAGGGACUCCGCUCAAUCACUCCGGCGAUCGACUAAUCUGGAGACAUAGGUGGUGGGUGACUUGGAGCUGGGAGGAGAUCCAUUCACUGGCCAGCUCUAAAGAGGAACCCGUUCGAUGAUCGAUCCCAAAGUUUCAGAGAUGGAGACGAUUACAGAUUGCAAGAUAACAGACGGAUUGGGUGGAAGGACGCCACAGUAAAGGUUCGAAUGUCAUAUUCUGUCCAUUUUUAAGGCUUGUGUUGCUGCCCUGUAAGUGUCCUGGCUCGACCAGAAAUGGACCAUACAAGUUUUUUAUUUAUUUAUUUUUUUAUUUUUUAGCAUCAGGAACUUACCUAGGCAGAGCCUUACCCAAGAAUACACCGAGUAAGUCGGAGAAAUUGAAAUACUUGAUAAGAAUCGAACACUGAUCGAUUGAAUGCUAGUCUCAAGCACCUACCAUCACUGCCAAGCCCCCGGGCAGACAAGUUACUAGUGGGAUGCUGUCACACUCUUUCACUGAUCAAACCAAUUGUUAUUCUUGUAAUCAUUGUGAACAGUAUUUUUAUGAUUUAUCGGCGAAAGGGAUAUACAAUUAUGAAGGGAAAAAAAAAAGGGAAAUUGUUGCUGAGUUAUAAUAUAAAUACUUGAGUUUUUUUAUUUUUAUUUUUAUUUUAUUGACUUAAAAAUUACAUUUACCUCUAUUGAAAUUGUAAUUCUAUCCAGAAGAAAUUAUUGGACAUACCAGAUUGUGGACAAUGUAAUACAUUGUCUAAUGAUGAAAAAUUAUUGGCUACUUCAGAGUAGGACUGUGCGACAGUUUAGUACCCCUGCCCGAUAGAAAAUAAUUGAAAUAAAGAUGUUUUUUGUUUUUGUUUUUGUUUUGGUUUUCUGUUUUUUAACUAUGGUUGUGUAAGGCCACUGAGGACCCUAGUUCCAAAAGGGGAUAUUGUGAAAUCUCACAUUGUUUGGGAGAGAAGUUCUUGACAUUUAUAUAUAUAUAUACAUACUCUUUCACUUUGAAAAUUGAAGAAAUAUUGUGCAAAACAAACAAUAUCUAUAUAGGCUAGACGGGUCACUCUGAUGUAUAAUUUGCCGAAACCUACGCUCGCACCAUAUGUAAGUACUAUGAUACCAUGCAAAAUGACUAUUUUACCCCUCUACUAACUAAAAGGACAUUAUUGACCUCACCUUUCAUGUUUAAAAGACCAAACAGUUUCGAAUAUUUUAUAAAUAAAGAUGGGUGCGAGGGGUUCAGAGAGAAAGAACAAAGAGAAAAAAUGUAAGGGGUUUAUGGAUGAAUGUUGUGAGGAGAGGGGAGAGUAUAUGUAAUUCCCGAGUGUAUAUAUGUAGUCUCAAAAAAGAUGAUGAGUGAGUGAGUGGGGUUUUGAUAUGUGAUUGUAUAUUUUCUUUCUUGAUUCAUAAUAGUAAAAUCUCUCUCUCAUGAAUGUAACCCUAGAGUUCGGUGAAUUACGUAAAAUAUUAUGUUGUGCAUGAAUAUGCAUGAUUAUUAGCUUCACAUAUAUUUGUAUUGAUGUGAUAAUACUUUCACUGCACAUGAUAAAUUAAAAUUUUAACUCUCAAUAAUAAUCAACUAUUGAGUGGGUCAAAGGAAGUUAAAUUUUUUCCUAACAAGACAUGAUGUUCUACUUACAUUAUAAUUCAAUGCCACAUGCAAAAUAUAUUCUCCUAUAUUUAACAUCGAUGGUGCACACUUAUAUUAUAAUUCAAUGCAACAUGCAACAUGUAUUCUCGUAUAUUUAACAUCGAUGGUGCACCGUUUUUUUUUUAGUUAAAGAUUGAUGGUGCAUUUCUUUAAUUCAAAUAAAUGCUCGGCCGUCCAAAGCGAAUCUUUCCACGUAAUACAGCCAUGUUAUUUUACUGCUUUGAGACACAUUCAUCAUCAGCCAGUACAACCAUGAUUAUUUAAAUACACCCGUCUGAAUUUUUGGUUCGACAAAGAGAGUAGGAUUGAAGGUACGCCACUAGUGGUUGCUAUGAGACUAAUGGUAAAGGAUCACCUACCCAUGAGACUAAUUUGAGUAGCACACCAGUAAUGGUUGCUACACAGUCACAACAGCUGAAUAGCAACUUGGAGGGCACAAUCUCCGGCGACUCAGAAGUGCAGAUGUCGGUUUCCAGCAGCGAACGAGGCGGUUGGAUCACAUUCCCUUUCAUCAUAGCAACCAUGUCAGGCUUGACACUAGCCUCUGGUGGAGUGAUGGCGAAUCUUAUUGUUUAUCUUAUUGGGGAAUUCAAUGUGAAGAGCAUCGAUGCUGCCCAAAUUUAUAACGUGGUUCACGGUUGCACCAGUUUAUUUCCGGUCAUCGGAGCCAUUAUUGCCGACUCUUUUUUAGGCUGUUUUUCUGUCAUCUCCUUUUCUUCUUUUAUCUCUUUGCUGGGCAUGGUCCUUUUAGUCCUAACAGCGACACUGGAUUCCUUGAGACCUCCACCAUGUGAAAUUGGAUCAAUCUUGUGCACAACCCCGUCAAAAAUCCAAUUCGCAGUCCUAUAUGCAGGUAUAGCACUCGUAUCAAUAGGUGUCGGGGGCACACGCUACACUAUCACAACGAUGGGAGCGAACCAAUUUGAUGAUUCCGGGAACCAUGCAAUCUUCUUUAAUUGGUUCUUUUUCGCCAUGUACACCUCUUCAGUGGUCAGUCUAACAGCUAUUGUCUAUGUCGAGGAUAAUGUGAGUUGGACAAUGGGAUUUGUUCUGUGUGCCGCGGUUAAUGUAAUUGGCUUAGCCAUUUUUUUGCUGGGAAACCGUUACUAUCGUCACAUUAAGCCAAAAGGGAGCCCUUUCUCAGAUUUAGCUCGGGUUUUCAUUGCCGCCAUUAGAAAGAGGAAGGUCUUUGUUUCAUCCAGGAGUGAGGAUUAUUACAAUGAUCAUGAUGAGAUGGAAAGGAUGAUGCCAACUGCACCAACUAAAAGCUUCAAAUGCUUAAAUCGCGCAGCGCUGAAAACAGAAAAAGACGUACAAUUAGAUGGCACAAUCACAAAAUCCUGGAGGCUAUGCAGUGUGCAACAAGUAGAAGAUCUGAAGACCUUAAUUAGAAUUUUCCCACUAUGGUCCACAGGUAUUUUCUUAUGGACCACAAUGGGGGUCCAAGGCAGCUUAGUAAUCCUCCAAACUCUAACCAUGGACCGUCACAUUGGCCCUCAUUUCAAAAUUCCACCUGGGUCCAUCCUAGUUACUGUAUUCAUCUCCACCUCCUUCUCUCUCGCCCUCAUUGACCGAUUCCUAUGCCCCACGUGGCAAAAGCUAACUCAUCGAUCUCCGACACCACUCCAACGUCUUGGGCUCGGCCACGUGUUAUGUGUAAUUAGCAUGGUUGUGUCAGCCUUAGUGGAGUCCAAGCGGCUUGAUAUAGCCCAGGCCCACCAACUCCAAGACCAGCCCGGUUCCACAGUGCCAAUGUUGGCCUUGUGGCUCCUUCCACAACUAGUCAUUGCUGGUAUCGGUGAGGCUUUUCAUUUUCCGGGACAAGUUGCUUUGUACUAUCAGGAAUUUCCGGUGUCUUUAAGAAGCAUGGCAACUGCAAUGAUCGCGAUGAUUGCGGGGAUAGGUUUUUAUCUAAGUACGGCCAUCAUUGAUUUGGCUCGGAAGGUAACUGGAUGGUUACCGGAUAAUAUAAAUAAUGGGAGGCUAGAUAAUGUGUAUUGGAUGUUGGUUGUAGUUGGGGUGUUAAACUUUGGUUAUUAUUUAGUAUGUGCAAGGUCGUACAAGUAUACAAGUGUUGAGAAGGUUGAGGAUGAUAAUUCUAGCUCUUACAAGUGACGUUGAUCCUACAAAAUGAAGGAGGUUUAAUGUAACUACCCACUGUGUUCCUCAAUAAAUAGAUAUAUAUAUAUAUAUAUAUAUAUAUAUAUAUAUAUAUGACAAUUCUAGCUCUUAUAAUGUCGAUCAUACAAAACCAAGGGGCUUUAAUGUAUUUACGUACUGCUAAUAUAUCUCUAUUUAUCUUGUGAUACCUUCAUUGAUUUCACAUCAUCAAAUGACAAUUAAAAUCUGUAGUGUGAGAAACAUCUUAUGUUUUGCCUCUGUUUUUGACACAUCAUUUGUAAAGCAUGAGGUGUGGCAGUGUGGCCACCACUAUCAAUCCUAGGUUCAUUUCUACUUUCCAAACUCACUACUAACUGUUGUCGCGAAAAAAAUAAAUAAAUAAAUAAAUAAAAUAAAUUGUAUAGUAUGUAGGAUAAUUUUUUUUCGAUUUUAUGUUCGAAGUAUGCUAAU